AUGCAUGCAACCUUGCAGCCUGGUGGUCGUUCUCCAAAGCAAGCUAAUGGUCCGACUUCAACCUCACAAUUGAAAACUGGUUCAGAUAAAAAUCAGAACAGCGGGACUUCUUUCCCUCCUCAAAUGAAAGGAAAGAAGAGGGAAAGAGGAGAUCAUGGUGCUGAUUCCAUCAAAAGAGAACGUUCUUCAAGAACUGAUGAUGGUGAUUCUGUUCAGUACAAAACUGAUAAUAAUUUGAAAUCAGAGAUUGCAAAAAUAACUAAAAAGGGAGGCGUUGUGGAUUUGGAAGGGGUUGAGAAACUCAUCCAACUAAUGCAAUUGGGUAGAAUGGAGAGAAAAUUGGAUUUGAUUAGUCGUUCAAUGCUUGCAGGUGUGAUGGCUGCCACUGAUAAAUUUGAUUGUCUUAGUCGGUUUGUUCAGCUCAGGGGUUUGCCUGUAUUGGAUGAGUGGCUCCAGGACAUUCAUAAAGGGAAGAUUGGUGAUGGUAAUGGUUUGAAGGACAGCAAUGCAUCUGUUGAGGAAUUUCUCUUGGUUCUACUUCGUGCACUUGAUAAGCUGCCUGUGAAUCUUCAAGCCCUUCAAAUGUGCAACAUUGGUAGAUCUGUGAAUCAUUUACGUUCACAUAAAAACUUUGAAAUCCAGAGGAAGGCUCGGAGCUUAGUUGAUACAUGGAAGAAACGUGUUGAGGUUGAAAUGGCUAGCAUUGAUGCAAAGUCUGGUUCAACUCAAGCUGUAACUUCAUGGCCUUCCAAAUCACGCCUUCCAGAGGCCUCUCAUGGUGGGAACAAAAAUUCAAGUGUUGCCGAUAUUGCCAUGAACAGCUCAAUCACUCAGCAUUCUGCAUCUAAAACCACUUCACAUGGGGAAAGCAACACAAAAUCGGCAUCCUCAUCUCCAGGCUCAAUGAAAUCGGCAUCGUCCCCUGCAUUUGGCAAGGAGAGCCAGCCCAGAAUUUCUGUGGAUUGCACUUCUGAUACCCCUUUAAUUAGGGAGGAUAGGAGCAGUAGUUCCAAUCAGUCUCAUAAUUACUGUCAGUCCUUCUCAGCAAAAGAUGGAAAGAGUUCUACUGCAGGUUCAGUGACUGUUAAUAAGAUAUCGAGUGGAAGUUCUCAUCAUCGAAAAGUAAGUGGCUUUCCUGGGACCUCACUGACUGGACGUCAGAAAGAAACCAGCUCAGGCAGAAGUUCUUCAGUGCACAAAACUAGUCCUUUAGAAAAGUUAUCUCCAUCGGCUUUAACAAAUGAAAAGGUUGUUGAGGGACCCACUAUUGAAGGAAGUGGUCAUAAGUUAAUUGUAAAGAUAACAAAUCGGGUUCGGAGUCCUGCACAAGGUACCACUGGAGGAUCUCUAGAAGAUAACUCCAUUAUGAGCUGUCGAGCUUCUUCUCCCGUGCUCUCAGACAAACACCAUAAUCCAAAGGAUGGGAGUGAUGCAUAUCCAUGUAAUGUUCCUACAGAGAUGAAAGCAGAGUCAUGGCAAAGCGAUGAUUUGAAAGAUGUGUUGACUAGGUCAGAAGAAUGUGCUGAGUCAUCUUUAGCUCUUCCCCGUGAAGAGCAAAGUAGGACCACUGAAGACUGCCAGAAAUUAAACGAAGGCACCAAAGGAAAUCAAUCGGAGUCUGGAAAGUUGCAGAAAGCUACGUUUAGUCCCAUGAAUGCUUUAAUUGAGAGCUGUGUGAAGGAUUCUGAAGUAAAUUCAUCUUUAUCACUUGAAGAUGAUAUGGGAAUAAACCUACUUGCUAGUGUGGCUACUGGAGAAAUACCCUCACCUACCAGUUCUACAGAAAUCACCCCUGCAGUUGAUGAGAAAGCCAGAUCAAAGUCUUCUUCGAAAGAUCAUAUUGCAGAUUUUCUUCUGCAAUUCAUGAAAUCGACGUAA